UCAAAUGUGUGUGUCUUCUGUACUGACUCUGGGAUUCAGUCUGCGAAGCCCAGACUGUUGACACAACGAUUCUGGUCUACCGCCUUGAUUACUUUGCCAUCUUCUCAGUAUGGCCUCAACAAUGCUCCACAGUAGAAGCAUAAACCUUCGCCACGCACAAGAGCAGAUGUCAGGGCGGCGCUCGCCACCCACUUGCGUCGCCACUUCCUUGUCGCGUGCGGGCACCCACACCCCCUGCUCCACUUCGGGACAUGGCGAUGCUGCCACGUACCCUCUUCUUAGCAGGAGCUUUUGGGUAGCCCACCGAGGCUGCCAUGGAUGCAGGCGGGCAAGGCUGCACAGCGCUAUCAGGCCCUUGUGUCGGAGCUGGCGCCAUUGAGUGCACAGCAGCUGCGGCAGGCCGCCGCCGCCCGUACCGACGAGCUGCUCGACAGCCGCUUCCUGUUUUGGCUGCGAGACCAGGAGCGGCGGGAGGGCCUGCCAGGCAUGCCGGGGGCACCGGGGCAGGGGCAGCAGCUGGCCAGCGCGGAGCUGAGGGAGGCGGCGGCGCGGCUAGGGCAGGAGCUCACGUUGAUGCGCGAGUGGGUUGAGGAGCAGGCCAACCGCAAGCUGCUUCCCAGCCUGGCCAGCAGCCUAGCCUACUCCAACUUGAGGCAGUGGCGCGUGGAGACCGGCAAGCAGGCGCCGCGGGUGGCCAAGGGAGUGGACCUGGACCAGCUGUACCGCCUGGGCGAGGAGGAGGAGAAGAAGCUGCGGGAAUCACUGGCGGGCGGCGCGGGCGGCUUUGGCUCAGGGCCGCGCAAGGGGCCGGCUACCCGCAGCGCUAUUGAAGAGUUCACGAAGCACAACAAGGCGUAUGCGGACCUGGCGGCGGGCGCCAUGGCGCGCGUGCGCUCGCGCCUGAUGGGCUACCAGGACGAUGGCGAGGGCAGCGGCGGCGAGGGCGGCGAGGGGUCCAGCGCCGCGCAAGCAGUGCUGCGGGCGCUGCUGCACGGCAUGUACAGCACCGAGGAGCGAGCCACCUUCCUGCCGGACGCAUUCACACCGCCGGGUCUGCAGACCCCGCCUGAGGCGGAGGGCGGCAAGCCCUCCUUCGUGGUCACCACCCCGGAGGCGUUGACGGCGGUCAUCCGCGCCCGCCUGGCCGCAAUCAGCGGCCAAACCGCCCCCGCUGCUGCAUCCGCUGCCUCGGCCACAAGCGCAAGCAGCAGUGCCAGUGCCAGCAGCAGCGAGGCGGCGACGGUGAAGGCGCGCUGGCGGCCGGGACAGGGCCGAACCGCCCAAGCGCCAACGGACGCAGGCACCGACUCGACGCAGCCCACAGCCUCGCCACCCCAGCCGGAGCAGACUUCACCGCAGCAGUUGCAUUCGCCGCAGCAGCAGUCGGUAGCGGUGGCGGCGGCCAAACUGCCGUGUGGCCAGCCCGAGGCUGCGGUGCUGGCCGAGCUGGUGGAGCUGGUGGAGGAGUACGACCGGGCGGUGUACAGCCGCAAGACGCCGCUGGAGCGCAUGGGGCACAGCCCGGCGCCGUGGCUCACGUCGUGAUGCGGCUUGAUUCGCUCUCAGGAGUGAUACCAGGGGGCAAGCGGCGCAAGUUGUUGAUGUGGCUGGCGGGCAAGCCGCAAAGUGGUUGUGAGGACAGCGUUCGGAGUCGCAGCCAUGCAAUAGGGGCUGGCGAGAGCUGCGUUGACACGCGGAUCCGUGUGCUGUUGUCUGUUGAGCUGUAACUGCAAAUGCGGACCUCUGCCAAAGGAACCGAUACCGUUGCGCCGGACAAGCACUGGUUACCAUGCGCUCGCUGUCCUCCUAGGCUUUGCAAUUCAGCACCCCGCAACGGCGUAACCAUGGGACAA